GAAAUAAACAAAUUUCUGGUAACACUAUUAGCGCUACCAACUACUUCGAGUUUAUAUAUAAAUAUCAGAAUAAAACAAAUAUAUAGAAAUAAAUCACCCACAAAUAUCGUACUUGUGUAUAAUUGGCGUAAAAUAUUUUUAAGUCGAGUGCUACUGAAAAGCAACACAAUUAGAAUGUAGAAAGCGCUGGGUCAAUAAAUAUGAUGUGAUUAAAACGAGUACAUAUGUAUAUGGUUAGUUUUUCUAGCAAAAAAGAGCCUAAAAAGAAAGCGAAUAAAUUAUCUGCCUCCAUAGCAGUCCUCAAAAAUCUGAGGCUCAAAUUUAAUUAGAGUAGCUACUGAGUAACCAGUAGGUGGUGGUAGAGGCAAUAAUGGCUUUUAUACGAGAUCCUUGCGGGGUUGUAUGCGUAGUCAUCACCUACAUCGCAAUUAUGUAUGCUGACUAUGUGGUACUUCGUUGGAUUAUUCUACAAACUAUGGAGGACAGCAUUUGGGCCCCAGUACAUGUGGUUAUGUUUAAUACAAUAAUUUUCCUAUUGUGUAUGUCCCACUUGAAAGCAGUGCUUUCAGACCCUGGACGUGUGCCAUUGCCCGCGAGUCGCUUAGAUUUUUCAGAUCUACAUACAACCGGGAAAAAUAACAAUGGCGGAGGCAGCGAGUGGACAGUUUGCACUCGGUGUGAGACCUAUCGUCCGCCACGCGCCCAUCACUGCCGUAUUUGUAAGCGCUGUAUACGGCGCAUGGAUCAUCAUUGUCCUUGGAUUAAUAACUGUGUAGGAGAGAGAAAUCAAAAAUUUUUCUUACAGUUCCUUUUCUAUGUCGGAAUACUCUGUAUUUAUUCUGUUUCAAUGGUGACCUACAGUUUCAUAUACCCUUGCACAAGUUGCAAUGUAUCUACUCUGGAAACGCAAACAAGAAUGCUUCAUAGUGUGAUUCUGCUAUUGGAGUCGGCACUAUUUGGCCUUUUCGUGUUGGCUAUAAUGGUAGAUCAAAUGCAUGCUAUAUUGCACGAUGAGACGGCUGUCGAAGCGGUACAAAUGAAGGGAAAAGAUAUGCAAUUACCAAACCGGCGAAAAAUUCAGUUAUUCACUGAUGUUUUUGGACGCGGCCAUCCGGUUUGUUGGCUUAUGCCGUGCACCAAUUUCAAUUCGUCACAGCGAUACUAUGAUACUCCACUAUUAAUGAGCUACGAUGUCUAAGAAAAAUUAAAGGUAUUCUACGACUGCACUGCACAGCUUCAGAAUUGUGUACAAAAAUUUACAUUUUAAAUAUUUAAUUUAACAUACAUUUUAGUUUUUAUAAAUUGGUGCUUUUGUUGCGUAGUCUUUGUUAUGCGUAAUACGUAUUAUUGAAAUAUCGAUUGUAUUUAUAAUUUCAAUUAUGCUAUUUAGACCUCUAAGCGACUAGAAAAUAUUUUAAGUCGCCUUAUAUAUAGAUUAUAAUUGUUGUCACAUACAUAGUAAAAUUUAUGGUAAACUUUUACUUUGUUAUUUUCUCAUAUAGCUCGUUAGUUCGAUGAUUGUAUGCUUGGCAUAACAAUCACAUAAAAAUUUAGUAUAUAGUUAUAGUCUUAACGAAAGCAAGCUUUGGUCUGCUCAAAAAAUUAAAAUAUUCAAUGCAAUAAUGAUUUGUAAAAGAACACAAGACAGUUGCAUUUAAAAGUCAUAGGAGCGCUUAGAAGUGAAUAACCAAUCUUUUUGCAGUGUACUUUCUAUCUAUCAUACAAAUAUUGCGCAGAGAAAAACGAAAAAAGGAAUGAAUUUAUGAGUUAAUAUAUAUAAGACUGGCAAAUAUACAGAAAGGGCCAUUUAACGUUAGUAACUUGAAAUAGGUUUAAGUAAGAAACAAAUUAUUUUUUUCUUUGUUUCAAAGUAGGUUUUUUGUUUGUUUUAAAUUCAUCCCUUACGGUUAAUACACCAUAUGAUACAACAACUUUUUUCUAAAGCAAGAAAUGGCAAACUUCCGAGGUAAAGCUCGUCAUAAGAAAUUAUCUGCCGUUUGAUUUUAUAUAUAUACAAAUAUAUAAAAUAUAUUACAAUAACACGAGUUCGUGUUUGAUCAGUGCGCACUGCCUUCAGGAGCAAUUGUCAUUAUGUUGUUCUGGAAAGUUAUGUAUAUGUAUGUAUAUACUAUAUAUUAUAUAUAAGUUAUGUACAUAUAUAAAUAUAUAUACAUCGUUCAAAUGUAGUAGCCCAUUUGAUUAGCUAAAUUUUUCAGAACAGCAACAUAAUGACAGAAUUGCUCCUGCAGGCAGUGCGCACUGUACAACCACGAACUCUUGUUGUUGCAUCCAAUAAAGAUCCAGUUCACAUACUCCUUUUCCAAAGAGAUGCACAAAUUGCAUGAAGGGCGUACCUCUUCUACCGAAUAAUAGUAUAAUUUUCUUGUUGUUAUUGUAGCAGUAUAAACAUUAUUCAUACACAUACAUAUAUGAGGAAUGUUGCUGAAUUGAGUCUUUGGCCGAAUAUAAAUCCGGAUCGUUCCGGGUAGUUUCAGAAGGGUAAUACCCCUUUUGCAAGUAAAUUUUUAAUAUUUCCCAACGUUCAAGCGUAAAUCAAGCCACUUGGAUGUUAACCUAACUUUCUGCAUUAAUACCAAUGUAUUUUAGUUGGCAUAUUAACAACAAUCAGUAGUUCAAGUUUCAAACGUUAGGUGACCCACCCUAUAUAAGUAACGUUUUCUCUAAAACUAAGAAAAUUACAGAAUAUUGUUAAAUUUUUUUUAAGUACUUAUUUUAAUAUUAAAUUUCUGUUUGAAUAAUUUGCACUUUGUUUUGGAAAAAAUCAACGUUUGCCUCAAAUGUACACAUUCUUAAAAGAUCUUUACAAGACAAGAAACACUUGCAACAAAAUAUAGCUGAAUAUCAGUUUAAAAAUAUCACUUUGAAGGUUUCUAAAUUAUUUUACUACUUUCUAAGAUUGCACUAAAUAAACUCGUUAAUUGACUCGUUAUUCUCUGAACACAUAUGUAGUAGUAAAACCUUCGAAAAUUCCCUUACUCAGGUAUGCAAUGAUAUUCUCCUGUACCAAAUAUCAAAAGUAGGAAAUCGAGAAAGUGAAAUUAAAAUAAUGGUAAUAUUUUUACUUACAUGACGCAAUAAGAAUAUGGAGAUUAAUUACCACUAAAUAUUAUAUUUAAUACUUAUAUUAAUUGUGAACUUUGGCAUCUGUAUAUUUAUAUGUAUGUAUGUGUACCGUGUUAGUUUAUAAAUACAAACAUAUGCAAGUAUUGUGGAACUUUACUAAAGAAAACAUUUAAAUCAAAUUAAAAGCCUAUAAUAUAUAGAAAAGAGGAAAUCAACUCAAUAGAUUUCUACUAAACUUCCGCGGCAAAGAUAUUUUAAAAUGAAACGUGUAUUUUAGCGUAACCAUUAGCGAAACUAUUACAUCUCGCAUAAAAAUAUAAUACAUGUACAUUUGGAUAAAAACUUUUGUAAAUUUAUUUACUGAUAUAAAUAAAUGAAUGAAAUUGUAUAAGGAAAC